AUGGUCUUGUCUCCAGGCUCCGACGCAACCGCCCACAUGGCCGAAGAAGUCCGCGACGCCGACCGCUACGUCCCCAUCUCCCUCUUCUGGUCCUACAUCGGCAACUCUCUCAUGGCCAUCGUCUUCCUCAUAACCUACCUCUUCGCCAUGCCCUCAGUCGAAGACGCCAUCAACGAUCCCUCCGGCUACCCCUUCCUCUACGUCUUCAAAGGCGCCAUGGGCACCGCAGGCGUAAAUACGCUCACCAUCAUCGUCCUCCUCAUUGUCUCCGCCGCAAACGUAAACUUCGGCGCCUCGACCGCGCGCCAAACCUUUGCAUUCGCGCGUGACAAAGGACUCCCUUUCUCAAGCUGGCUCGCAAGAGUGCACACAAGCAAAGGAAUCCCCGCGAACGCCAUACUAUUGACAUGCAGCGUAACCAUCCUCCUCUCCCUCAUCAACAUCGGCUCCCUCGUCGCCUUCAACGCCAUCAUCUCCCUACAGAUCGUCUCCCUGAUGUUCACGUACUUCUGCUCUCUCUCCUGCGUUCUCUACCGGCGUGUCUACCACCCGGAGCUCCUGCCCGUCGCGCGCUGGAGUCUCGGGAAAUGGGGGCCGAUGGUGAACAUUGUGGGAUUGGCGUAUGUGGUGUUUGCGUUCUUUUGGAGCUUCUGGCCGAAUGAGACGCCGGUGGAUGCGGAGACGUUUAACUGGAGUGUGGUUAUGUUUUUGGGGGUGUUUCUGGUGGCGUUGGUGAUGUAUGCGGUGGAAGGGAGGAGGGUGUAUAGUGGGCCGGUUAAGCAGUGUCGGAUGGCGAGGUUGGAGAUUUGA